AUGGGGUGUGCCAAGUGCUAUCUGAUUGGAUUUAACACCAUAUUUCUGUUGUUUGGUGGAGGAUGUCUGGCUGGAGGGAUCUACAUCCUGAUGGACAAGAGUGAGAUCCUGGUACUGACCAGGAGUGCCACCAGUUCCCUCAAUGUUGAUGACGUCGUGACACCAUCACUGAUAGAAACGGCCGCUUAUGUCUUCAUAGGGCUGGGUGGCUUCGUCUUUAUAACGUCGUUGAUGGGCUUCUGUGGAGCAUGCUGCGAGAACAACAAGUGUCUGAUAAUAUAUAUUGUUAUUGUAGGUACCAUUCUGUUAGCACAAGGUACAGCGGUGGUUCUGUCAGUUAUCUACAAGGACCAGUUUGAGACGUAUGCCCGUGAUAACCUUAAGGCGUUACAACAGACCCGCUACAAAGGUCCAUACGAUACGUCCGAUAUUGUCAGUCUCGCCUUUGACAUCGCCCAUAUCUAUUUUCAAUGCUGCGGCGUUGACAAUGGGACGGAAUACGCCUCCAUUUCAAACUGGAACACGACUUACGCUUACGACGCAGGUGGCGGAAGUUACGUGGUGGGCGUGGCCACAAUACCUGCAACUUGCUGCGAGUUCUCUAACAUGGCUCUCUUCCCAAGUGAUAUUACAGGAUUCCUCAACUCUAUGACCAAUAACACGUGUCCCAUUACACAAUCGAGUUCAUAUUCGUCAAAGGGUUGUUAUGAGGCUAUCAAGGACCGUUUUAGCCAGUACUUCAAUAUUGUCAUAGGUGUAGGUGCCGGAAUCGCGGGGAUGGAGCUUUUGGGUGUCAUUGCCGCGUGCUGCUUGAUAAAGAAGGAAAAGGACGAGAAAGACCAGAAUGAUGAAAAGGACGAUUAA